AGAAAAAAUACCAAACCGGACAGAAAGGAAUGGAAGAAAAGAGAAGCCCUCUCACUCUCAUUGGCUCUUAUUGUUCUUAGUCGCCCUCAGGUCAUGUGAUUGCCUCAUUGGUAACGGUGGAGGUUCCUUCUGAAUCCCCUCAUGCCUCCUCCAGUACGCCACGAGUUCUGGCGGGAGGAUGCAGUGGACCAUGGCCCGCACCCAUGUCCUCCGCUACGGCGUUUCGUGCCGACCGCAUUGCGAGGGGGGAAAUUGGAGGGCCUUGGGCCAUACUGUACAGUAUUUGUGCAAAAGGGAGGAGGGGGGGGGGGUAGCGGCAGCAUUGCAGCAGUGCACGCUCCUUGUAGCCAAAUGGCGUCGUCUCUCGCACGUCAUCGCACGUCGUCGCUCCGCAUCACGACAGAAUCGUUCGCUCGCCCGUGGCCCACUGCCACGACAAGCGUGAGGGCGAGUGCGAGUGCGAGGGCGAGUGCGAGUGCGAGUGCGAGUGCGAGUGCGAGUGCGAGUGAUAGUGCAGGCCCCACCGGCCGAUUUCCGUUACGGACCGCUGCUGCGACAACCGCGUCGUCCGGACGGGCCCAGCCGCUCGUGCAAGACUCGGAGACUCGCACGCUGCGGGCGUUAGGCUCCGGCCCACCGCAGUCCUCGAUCCAUGAGAUGCGCGUUGGGUUUCAAGUCACGAGGCCCGUCACAUGGCAGUGCCAAGGCGCGCAUGCGGAGAAUAAAGGGACGGCGAGGAACGCCAGUGCCUUCACUAUCUGCACCUCGCACCUCGGACCUCAAACCUCCCAGCUCGCCUAGUAGUAGCGCCCAAGACCUCGUUCUCCUCCGUGCAAGCGCUUUUAUUUCUAUGCGGAACCGCUGCCGCUAGAACACGUCAUAUCGCACAAGAGCUUGCACGACCCGCAGCUAAAGUUGCAAUCUCCGGCCCUCGCAUUUCAGCAGGUGGCCGUUUCACUCAGCUUCCUUCGCCCGCGUAUCGCAGUUAGUCCCCGCCCGCCUGUCGUUGCGCUGGUGCGCGCAGCCACCUGGAGCGCCAAUCUCGUUCGGAUCGACGGACUCGUGCGCGGCGUCUUCAACUUGCGAACGUCGCACGCUAGCGACAUGGUGCUAACGUCGCACGGUGUCGCCGCGAUGGAGGCAGUCGCGGAAAGCCCCUCCGCCGCUACGGGGGUAGCGGGCGGCGGCCACCGCGCGCGCGCACCGCAGCUCCGCCAGCGGGCACCUGCGGACCCAUCGACGGACUCCGAGUCGCAUCCUGUCCCGGCGAUCGGCGGCAGGAGAGCGGCGAAUGCGGCGCGCUCGAGACACUACUUGGCGCGAUGGACCCCCGAGGAGGACGCGGCGCUGCUGGAUCACGUGAUGGCGCACGGCACGGCGGAGUGGGGGCAGCUCAGGGCGAGCGGACGACUGCCGCUGCGCGACAACAAGGCGUGCUGCAACCGCUUCCUGCUGCUCAAAAGGAAGUUCCUCCAGCACGACGACCAGCAGCACCAGCAGCACCAGCACCACCAGCACCACCAGCAGCAGCACCAGCAGCAGCACCAGCAGCACCAGCAGCACCAGCAGCACCAGCAGCACCAGCAGCAGCACCAGCAGCACCAGCAGACGCAGCAGACGCAGCAGCAGGAGCUCUUUCUCUGGCCCUGCCCGCAGCAGCAUCCCCCCCACGGCGUGCUUCGCUACUGCCUCCAACCGCCUGAGACCGCACUGCACCUGAUGGCCUCUGCGGCUCAGCCCCACGUGCAGGCCAGGCAGCAGGCCAGUGUGCAGCACGCAGGGUGGCAGGGCGGGCAGUGGAGCCCCGAGGAUGGUGCGGCGUGGGAUGCGAUGAUGGAGCCGUGGCUGCAGGGCGGCCUCACCGCCCCACGUGCGUGUCACACUGCCAUGGGGUGUGAAUGGUUGCGUGAAGGCGCGCGGCUCAAGAGUGUGGGCGUUGAGGGCAAUGUGCCGCUGCGGCACAAACCGCCCCACGCGCUGCAGGAGGAGCAUCAGCAGGUACAGCAGCUGCUGCAGCAUGAUUCAGAGCGCGGCAGAAGCUGCAACGAGCACGCUGUGGAGGCGACUGCCUCUCCCCUGCCGUCCUCCGGGUGUGCCUUGCUGGACGCACCUGCUGCCACCGCCACAGCCCUUCCUGCCUCGAAUCGUCUGCCUCUCAGUCCGCUGCAAGCCGCAUCUGUCCCCCUCGCCUUCUCUCGCCACCUGCCCCCUCCACCUCUUCCAGCACAGCCUGCUGCUGCCGCCCACUUUGCCGCCCAGUCUCCCCCCCAGCUGCACCAUCUUAGUCUGUCGGUGGCAUCCUCUUCGCCGCCCUGUCUUCUCAACACCCUCCCUCCCCUCCACCCACUCCCUCCCGACUCUGACCCGCACACAUUCCAUCCCCCGGCUUCACUCCCCUGCAACAAGGCUGCCCAUCUUGCUCCUCUCCCUCAUCUCGCUCCGCAUCCUCACCCGCCUCUGGCUGCUCCUCCCCCCACUGCGUGUGGGAGGGCAGGGGCAUGGGAGGGGCAGCAGCAGGCGGAUCUGGACAGGUGGAUUCUGGAGCAGGUGGGGCUGCUGGGGGUGGGGCUUGGGCCUGCUGAGCUGAUGGCAGGUGGGGAUGCUGAGCGAGGGAGCACUGCCAUACCGCCAGAUGUGCGAGGAAGGGGGAGGCCGAGCGGGUGGAGGAAUGGGGGGGUUGAUGCACGAUGCAGGGGAGGGGGGCUGUGUGUCGGGGCAGGGGGCAAAGAGGCCAAGGGUGAGUGGCGGUGGUGGUGGGACGAGCAGCCCGGGGUGGUGUGCCUGUGGGAGGGGGGAGCAUUGCAGGGCAUUGUGGAGGGUGGAGGCAUGGAGAUGGUUGGCGGAGUAAGGGGCUGGAGCAGGAUCUAGAGCGUGUGGGUUUGAGCCGGGAGGGCAGGCAAAGUGGUGCUAUAGACACAAUAGAAGGGAAUAGAGCUUCUAGCUGGAACCGCAUGUGCUCUCUUAACUGUGUCAUUCCAUGGGUUUGUUUUAUCUAUGGGGAAGAUAUUGUAAUGAUUAGCUCCUAGCUUAUCAUUGGUUGUUUACCGUAUUGCAAUAAAUACCAGGGGGGCGAUGUGGCAGCAGCGCGAUCGCCGCACUGUAUCUCGGUCGGAAUCGUGACAAAUCGUCCAGCGUCCAGGGGAGACGGUAGUGACGCGUCCAAACAAACACGUCUCCCCAAUGGACCCGCGUCGCGCAUCUCGUUGCGGAGCAUCUGCGCCGUUUCGCCCCGCUCUCUCUCGCGCGUCGCGGCCUCCACCUGCUGCAAGCCCGG